CACCAACACAACCACCUCUCCUUCCAGUCAUAGAAUACUCUCUAGGCACACUUUGUAAGAACCACAGCCACACAGCGCGCGCAAUGGCAACCACCGCAACCGCGAUUAGCAGCGCUGCCGCCGGCCAACUCCACGACGACGUCUACGACCGGAUGAAGGAGGUCCAGGAGUUCGAGGACUCGAAGCUCGGAGUCAAAGGUCUGGUUGACUCCGGCAUCUCUUCCAUCCCUCGGUUCUUCGUUCACCCGAACUUCAAGCCGGACCCCAACCCGGGCGCCCGACCCGACGUCAUCCCGACGAUCGACCUCUCCGGCGUCGACCGCCAGGACGCGAGGGCGAAGAUCGCGGCGCAAAUCUCGGGCGCCUGUCGCGAGCUCGGAUUCUUCCAGGUCGUCAAUCACGGGAUCCCAGUGGAAUUCUUGGACCGAUUCGUCGGCGCCGUCAGGGGGUUUCACGAGCAGCCGACGGAGGAGAAGGCGAAGCUGUAUAGAAGGGAACCCGGGACUGGGGUUUCCUUCUUUUCCAACAUCGACUUGUUUCAUUCCAAAGCCGCUAGCUGGAGAGACACACUCCAGAUGAGGUUAGGACCCACUUUACCAGAGCUAGAGGAAAUCCCUGCCAUAUGCAGGGAAGAGGUGGUGGAAUGGAAUCAGAGGGCGAAACAGGUCGGGGGAUUGCUGAUGGAGCUCUUGUGCGAAGGGCUAGGAGUGAACUCAGGGGCUUUGAAGGAGAGGAGGUUCUUGGAAUCCAGAGUGAUGGUGGGUCAUUACUACCCUUACUGCCCGCAGCCUGAUCUAACUGUAGGGAUUGCAUCCCACACAGAUCCAGGAGCAUUGACCCUGCUCCUCCAGGAUCAGGUCGGGGGGCUCCAGGUCAAGUUUGGCGAGCAAUGGGUUGAUGUCGUGCCUGUUAGAGGGGCUCUUGUCGUCAACAUUGGAGAUCUUUUGCAGAUAAUGUCGAACGACGAGUACAAGAGCGUGGAGCACAGGGUGCUGGCGAAUCCAACCAUGGAGCCACGGGUCUCGGUCGCUGUGUUCUUCAAUUCUGAUGAGCAGGAGUCCGUUCUGGGACCGAUCCCGGAGCUGAUCUCGCCUGAGAAACCUGCCGUCUACCGGGAAUUCACCAAGUUAGACUACAUGAGAAGGUUCUUCACCAAAGAGUUGGAUGGCAGAACCCUCACCAAUUUCUACAAGCUGUAAGAAAAAGGAAAAAACUGGUGCAUCUGAUCGCUUGUACUUGGCUAGUAAAAGAUGGUGUGCUCUCGUACAAAGUAGUGUCUCGUCUUACAUUAGUGGGACAAACAGUGCAUACUAAUAGACUGUAAGCAGAAGUCUAGGAAUGAACACUGAUGUUGUAUAAUACAGUUUAUACUUUAUAGGCUGUAAUGCUAUGUAUAUGUUGUAGCUUAUCUAAAACCCUAGAGUUAUGUGAACAAUGACGGAGCAAGAAAUUUGGAGGGGUUUAAAAAUUUAGGCUCGU